AUGGCGAACGAAGUUUGCACAAGUUUGGGAUUGACCGGCAAAGACCUGUCAGGGAAACUGGUCCAGAUCGUGGAACAGCACGGUAGUGAUGUGAGUUUUAUGGCAGGCAUCCUAAUGUGGAACGCUUACAAGAGCGAUACAGCGGUCUGCUUGUUGGCCUUGCACAACUCAGGUGUACAUUACCAGAACGUGACAAAGAAGCUGGGAUUUAACCUGAAAACAGCGGUCGAGAAUAAAACCGCCGUGGUCGUCGAUCCGUUCGACAUGUACGUCGAGAAAAGUGGGGACUUCAGCAGUACCGACUUUAGUAACGAACAUAACCUGAAGCGACUGUUCUUCGACGUGAAAGAAGCCCUAGACUCCUUGCCUGGAAAGAAGUGUUUAGUUGUAGAUGACCUGAGCGACUUGCUCUGUCUGGGCGCCGACGUGACUUUGGCGGUGACGUUCCUGCAGUACUGUCGAGCAUUGCAAGAGACGGACCAGGGGCUCGCCCUAGUCGUCGGCUCACAUUACUCUGACGAGAGCAAAGACCAGAAGCUGUUGGCCAACUUGGUAGCGCACCUUGCCGACUACAGGAUGACGAUUGCGGGUCUGAAGACGGGGUUCUCCACCAGUGUGACGGGCAGCGUAGAGAUAGUAGACGACCUUGAAGACGACCAGUCCGUGAAUAAACUCUUCCACUUCAAACUGACGGACAGACAAGUUCGAGUGUUCGCCCCGGGCACUGUGGGCAUCCGCAUUUGA